GUCGUUUCAUUAAUUCUUCCGCCGAGCAAAUCGUUCUCUCUCUCUUCUCUUCUCUUUAGGGUUUCCUUUCUCUCUCCAUCGCAUGGCCGGCGCCGGAAUCCACCCUUACCACCAGCAGUGGCCGCCUUCAGGAGCUCCUCCUCCUCCAUCCGCAGUAUCAUCAGCUCCUCCACCACAUCCCCCUCCUUCUGUACAUCAUCAUCACCCUCCUCCCCCUGGUUUAGCUGAUCGCCCUCCUUAUGACGAGCUUAGGACAAUCUUCAUUGCUGGUCUUCCUGAUGAUGUGAAAGAGAGAGAGCUUCUGAAUCUCUUAAGAUGGUUGCCAGGUUACGAGGCUUCUCAGGUGAACUUCAAGGGAGAGAAGCCCAUGGGUUUUGCUCUUUUCUCCACUUCACAUUUUGCAUUGGCUGCUAGAGAUGCCCUUCAGCAUCUGGUGUUUGAUGCGGAGUCCAAGUCUGUGUUACAUGCAGAGAUGGCCAAGAAGAAUCUCUUUGUUAAAAGAGGAAUCGUUGGCGAUUCAAAUGCUUAUGAUCAAAGUAAGCGGCUAAGAACUGGUGGUGACUGCACACACUCUGUUUAUAGUCCGUCUCCCUUCCACCCUCCACCACCUCCCGUUUGGGGUCCACCUCAUGGCCAUGGGUAUCUGUCACCCGCAGCUCCACCAUAUGAGCCGUAUGCAGGUUACCAUGCUCCCCCUGUACCAAUGCCUCCCUCUGCACCUAUAGCAGCUCCUAGUUCUUAUGUACCUGUCCAGAAUAUUAAGGAUAACCCUCCUUGCAAUACCCUUUUUAUUGGUAAUCUCGGGGAGAAUAUAAACGAAGAAGAGUUGAGGAGCCUGUUGAGCGCGCAACCUGGUUUCAAGCAAAUGAAGGUUAUUAGACAAGAAAGGCAUACAGUUUGUUUUAUUGAAUUCGAGGAUGUGAAUAGUGCCACCAACGUUCACCGUAACUUGCAAGGUGCUGUCAUUCCAAGUUCUGGUUCAGUUGGCAUGAGGAUCCAAUAUCCUUUUUAACAAGUCACUUACUGUUGCCGUUUUCUUUUAUAUUCCAAUAUACUCGGAUACUUUUUUCUAUUUCAGUUUGUUUCUUCCUUAACCCAGUUAUACAUUUUCCAAGAAUCCAUAUGGGA